AUGGAUGACAAAAAGGACCAGGUCAAUCCUCCACAAAAUCCUACUACAGCCAAUACCAACUCAAAUUUACCACCAGCACCAACACAUAGCUUAUCUAACUCGUCGCUAAACACAGGCAGCACUCUCAAUAAUAAUGGCACAUCUACUGGCUCUCAUGCAGUCGAUUCGUCGCAUCUACUCAAUGACGACAAAAUAAAGGCGGUACUCAACAGUGAUUCAGCGCUUGAUGUGCUUCUGGAACGGUUGAAACAAAGUUUGACGUCAGCUGAAGAGUUUAGCAAGUUUAUUAAAAAGAAGGCCCAGAUUGAAGAUGAUCAUUAUAACCAAUUGAAGAAGUUUGCCAGUCAAAUUAGAACGAGCAUGAAGAAUAAUAGUAAGAAUUUGAAAAAUGACUCGUUGCAAAUUCAAAUGGAUAGAAUUAUAGGAUUUGAUGAAAGCUUGUCAGGUGUUGGAUCAAGCUAUGUUACUGCAUUGAGCACGAUGUAUGAUGAAUUGAUGUCGUUGGUACACACUAUUAUCAGGUCGAGGAAAACAAUCAAGGACGAAUACAGACGAAAAGAUAAGGAAUGCAUUGACUCUAUAUCUGCUGCAGAAAAGGCCAAAACAAGGUACAACCAUUUGUGUGAAGACUUGGAGAGACUUAAAAACUCUGAUCCAUCAAAGAAAUCCUUUAGUUUAAAGAAUAAAACGGUUGAGCAACAGGAAGAUGAUUUGCAAAGAAAAGUUGAUCUUGCUGAUCAGGAAUAUAAAUCGAAAGUUGCCACAUGUAAGAAGCUCAAAGAUGAGAUAUUAGUCUUGCAUCGUCCAAACAAUGCAAAGAAGUUGAAAAAUUUGAUUUUGGAAAUGGACAUUGCUUUAAAUGUACAGUUGCAAAAAUAUGCAACUUAUAACGAAACUUUAAUAAUGAAUUCGGGUGUGUUGAUUAGUCCACUACAAGCAACAAAGUUGUCGAUGAAGUCAAUGGCAAGCUCAAUCGACAAUGAAAAGGACUUGUACAAGUACUUGUUAGAAAAUGGGUCAAAAACUACAAACAAGUCACUUGUCCCCAUCGACUACCACAUCCAUCCUUCACUAGUAAAAGCGAAGGACAUUGGCAAGCCUUUUUUGAACAAUACGGAUAGAAAGCAGUCCAAUAGUGCUAGUAAUAUAAAGGCUGCUGCUUCGGGAAAUCAAUGGAAUAAUGACAAGCCAAAGACAAACAUCUAUGAAAGUAGCACCAGUAGCAGCAAUGCAAAAAGUGAUUCUAAUGUUUCGGCACCUUAUUCAGGAGUAUAUUCGGCGCCAAAACCAAGCAACAACAAUACAUCGAACAAGGGUACUGCACUUGACACCUCGGCCUCUGAUUCCUAUACCAACAAUCCUCCACUGGGCUAUUCUUCGUUGGAUCCAGCUAGCCAACCAUCUACACCAAAUCUUAAUGGGCCAAAACCGUUCAAUUCAAGUGCCUCUUUUAAACAACCCACGUUUGGUGUUUCAAUUGAGGAUGUAAUCAAGUUUGCUGGUGUGGAUAACGUACCAUUGGUUGUCCGUCGAUGUAUUGAGGUGAUUGAGUCCUAUGGAAUUGAUCUUGUUGGAAUUUACCGAACCAGCUCCAAUGUCAACCAAGUGCAGAAAUUGCGUGAGUUCAUUGAUUCAAAUUUCACCAACUACUUAUUGAUUGGGAAAGAUAUUGAUGAGUCGAACGUAAUUGACUCAGAUGUAUUUUGCGUAGCAUCAUUGCUCAAGUACUACUUUGCCAAUUUGCCAGAGCCAUUGGUGACUUCAGCCGCCUCGCAAUCAUUUAUAGAGACUGUCAAGUUGGCUGAUGAGAAUUUGAUUCAUAAAAAAUUGCACCAUUUGGUAUUCAGUUUACCUGAUGGUUCAUAUUUUACAUUACGGGCCUUGAUUUUCCAUUUGAACAAGAUUGCUGCUAACGAAGCCAAGAAUAGAAUGAAUGCUAAAUCGUUGGCUAUAAUUUGGGGUCCUGUUAUUUUCAACAAUAACUCGACCAGUGCACAAGACUUGAGUUUUAAGAGUAAAGUCGUUGAAGAGUUGAUGACUAUAGCUACUGAUAUUUUUGAAGUUGAUGAAGAAUAA